AUGCGCGACGAACGCCCCGCGCGCGGGCGCGAGCGCGACACCCGAGGGCGUGGACGCGCGCUCGUCGGACGCGGCGUCGGACGAAGCGUCGGAGGAAGUGGGAGCGCGCACGCGUCGGCGCAUCGCGGGAUCGUCGCGGCGCGCGAGGCGAAACCGAGCGUGCCGAGACCCGUGGUGUUGCCGAGCGUGCGGGCGGAGACGGGGACGAGCGUGGACGCGCGCGCGGUCGUUGACGCUCGACGGACCUGGGGUGGGGUCGGGCGUGGACGCGGUGGUGGACGAGGGGUGGACGGCGGACGCGGAACGACGCGGGCGGAUGAGGGCGGCGGCGCGAGAGACGGAGACGGCGACGUCGACGUCGAUGCGAAUGGUGGGGUGAAGAGGGAGCUCGCGUUGGCGGGUGCGACGUGGGCGCGACGAGACGCGUUCGAGCGCGAGGGGUCGUCCGGGGCGGGACUUGGGGGGAAAUCGGGCGACGCGCGGGAGUAUCCGGCGCUCGGACGCCGGAGCGGAGAGCGAGGCGACGGCGCGGGCGAUCACGGGCGCGAGGACGAUCGUGGGAUCGGAUCGGAGAUUGUGAGAGAUGUCAGAUUAUACGCCGGCGACGACGGAGGGGCGCGACGGAGCAGACGAGAAGAUGAGGACGAGCGGUACGUCGGACCGUCGCCGGCGGAGAGUCGCGGACGAGGCGGCGGCGGACGCACGUUCGCACCGCGCGCGCUCUUUCGACCGCGAAGUGGCGACGGUGAUGGUUGCGACGAUAAUGAUGUGAUCCCGGGGAUGGAAGACGACGACUCGCGUCGCAGACGCGACGAGGUGAGAGAGGAGAACGGCGAGACGGAUGAAGCCGUCUCCGCCGCGCGCGUGGCGUACGAGGAGGAGAUACGCCGCAUCAUGGACGAGCGCGCGGGACAUUCCACCGAUGUCGGCGACGAAGAGUCGAGCGCGGCGAUGAAUACGUCUCCGGAGCGCAGAGGGUACGAUCCGAUGGCGCCGCCAAAGGUCCUCAUCAAACCGUCGGCUCUCGCGUCCGCGGGAGAGGACGCGCGCUCGGAACUGACGGUUGCCGCAGCGCCUGCCAGAGUGGAGCGAAACGUGGACACUCCUGGAAGUGAUCUGCUGCAGUCCCGAGGCGCGGGUGCGCCGGUGGUUCUACGACGUCCAACACCUCCGGCGCAACCCGAACCGGCGGUCCUGAAGCCGGAAACCGUCGUCGUUCUCAAAAGCGCCGUCGAAGCCGAUGAUAAGGGUAGGAAGAAAAGAGGAGGGAAGAAAGUUCGCGAGCGUGAAGAGCGCCGUGCGUCUCGCGCGGUGAAGGAGUCCACCGCGGUGCACACCAAACGAGGCGCCGCCUCGGGAGUAUCAAGAGCAGCUGAGAGCGACACGAAAGCGUACGCCGGUGGUGCGUACGUUGCGCACCCGGGGAUAUACGCCGUGCCGUUCUCUGACGCCACCGGUGGAUUGUACGCGCCGUUCACUCCGGGCUAUCCCGCUGGAUACGUCACGAGCGGAUACUACGGCUUCCAGUCCGCGCAAUCGUGGACUUCGGCGGAAUCCGCGACGAGCGACGGGAUGCCGUACCCGUACAUCGCGCCUCCUGUGACCGUUCCCGCAAAUGCACCGUUUGAUAUCAACGCCACGGGCACGUACGGCGCUUCCGCGGCCGAGCCCACGGAGUCGGUCGUGAACCACCUGACGAAGCGUCUGGAUAAUCUCCCGACGAGCCUCGGCGCCGAGUUUGGAUCGACGGAUGACUUGUCGGCGUUCGCGGACGAGUACCGAUUAGAGCAUGCGCGUUCAAGCGGAUCUCCGCUCGCCGCUCGCGGGCACCGAUACGACCCAUCCCAACAACAACAGCACGCGCAGAAUAUGCGCGCGCAAAGACAAGAGGUAGAGCGUAACAGACGCCGCCGACAGCGCCCGACGCAGAAACGCGACGCGACGACGAGCGCGUGA